AUGGAGGUUUCAUGGGAAACCAGUGUGACAGAUUCAAUCAACACCAUUUACCUUCUCUUUUCAGCCUAUUUGGUCUUCAUGAUGCAACUGGGCUUCGCCAUGCUAUGUGCGGGCUCGGUCCGGGCCAAGAAUGCAUUGAACAUAAUGCUGACAAAUGUAGUCGAUGCAGUCGUGGGCAGCCUCUCAUACUACCUAUUCGGGUUCGCGUUCGCUUUUGGUGACGGGUCAGGGUCGAACCCGUUUAUUGGCACUCAAUAUUUCGCUUUAAAAAACAUCCCAUCAACAUCUUUUGACUAUAGCUUCUUUCUUUACCAAUGGGCUUUUGCUAUAGCGGUUGCGGGUAUCACAAGCGGGUCGAUCGCUGAACGGACCCAGUUCAGCGCUUACCUUAUUUUUUCAUUUUUUCAAACCGGGUUUGUUUACCCGGUUGUGGCCCACUGGGUUUGGUCUUCUACUGGUUGGCUAAACCCAGGGUCAGCAACCUUGCUGUUCGGGUCAGGUGCAAUUGACUUUGCGGGUAGUGGUGUGGUGCACUUGGUGGGUGGGAUUGCCGGGCUAUGGGGUGCUUUAAUCGAAGGACCACGGGUCGGGCGGUUCGAUGCUUUCGGGAAGCCUGUUCAAAUGCGUGGACAUAAUGCGACUCUAGUGGUGCUCGGGACAUUCUUGUUAUGGUUCGGAUGGUUCGGGUUCAAUCCCGGGUCAUUCAACAAGAUUCUUGUAUCGUAUCCCGAUAGUUUUGAUCAAGGCAACUGGACCGGAGUGGGCCGGACCGCGGUUACAACGACAUUAGCAGGGUCGACAGCUGGCAUUGUAACCUUGUUUGGUAGACGGUUACUUGUGGGCCAUUGGGAUGCUCUUGACGUGUGCAAUGGUGUGCUCGGUGGGUUUGUGGCAAUCACAUCGGGUUGCUCGGUGGUCGAGCCAUGGGCUGCAAUCGUAUGCGGGUUCUUUGCAGCUUGUGUUCUUAUCGGGCUCAAUAUUGUAGCCCUAAGGUUGCAUUACGAUGACCCAUUGGAGGCAGCCCAAUUGCACGGUGGAUGUGGGGCUUGGGGGUUAAUUUUCACGGGCUUGUUUGCAAAAGAGGAGUUUGUGGUUCAAACUUAUAACUCGGGUAAUUUAGGAGUAACUCGGCCCUAUGGGCUUUUGUUGGGUGGUGGUUGGGGUUUGAUUGGGGCUCAGGUCGUUGAAGUGUUGGUGGUUGUAGGUUGGGUUAGUGUAACCAUGGGUCCGUUGUUUUACCUUCUACAUUGGUUGAGGAUAUUGAGGAUAUCAAGUGAUGAGGAGGUUGCUGGGCUUGAUAUUUCGAGUCAUGGUGGUUAUGCGUACCAUGCACACCCAGAAGAGUCGGGUCCACGCUUGUAUGGUGAAUACCUCAGGCUUCAAGAUCAAUGA